AUGGAAUACGUUAUUUUACCUAAAACACCGAAAGAUCUUUCAUUUGAGGAGACGGUGUCGAAGCUAACCUCGUUGUUCGGGGCAUCCGAGUCAGUCAUCAGCCGCAGGUAUCGCUGCCUACAGAUCUUGAAGCAGCCUAGAGAGGACUAUGUCACGUACGCUUGCCGGAUAAAUAAGUCAUGCGUGGAGUUCGAACUUACGAAGCUGUCGGAAGAACAGUUUAAAUGUCUGGUUUUCGUCUGUGGGCUUAAGUCGGAGCGGGAUGCGGAAGUUCGAACCAGGCUUUUGACGCGUAUCGAAGAGAAGUGUGAUGUGACAAUGGAGCAGUUGUCGGAGGAGAACCAGCGCUUGCUGAAUUUGAGGCACAACGCAGCAAUGAUCGAGGAUCAAACUGACUGUGUGAAAGCGCUGAAAUCCAGACAGCAUCCUGGAAGGUUCCCAGCACGUCAGCCGAAGCAGGGCUCGAAGGACGGCUUUGAUUCCAGAAGCAACGCGAGUGGGCCCAAAUCAGCUUGUUGGCUCUGUGAUGCUAAUCACUAUGCCAGGGAUUGUUCGUUUAAGAACCACAAAUGCAGUGAUUGUGGUACGGUCGGACAUAAGGAGGGAUACUGCCACAGUGCUGGGAAAGCGAAGUUCAGGAGAUCCGAUCGACGAAAAGGAAACGCCGCUGCGAAGGUGGUGACGGUGAACGCCUGUAGUGCAACGAAGUACAGGAAGUAUGUACCAGUGGACAUCAACGGUUCGUCGGUUCGCCUGCAACUAGACACAGGGUCUGACAUUACCAUCAUUUCAAUGGGAACGUGGCGCAAAAUCGGAAGCCCUUCGAUGUGUGCGCCAACGAUCGUCACAAAGACAGCUGCUGGAAAGAUUUUGAAUAUCGAAGGCGAAUUUUCUUGCGAGAUGAUGAUCAACGAUAUGAAAUCGGAGGGUACAGUGCGAGUUUCUCGAGAGCAAAUUCAACUCCUCGGAUCCGAUAUGAUGGAAGUGUUUGGACUGUGGUCGGUACCCUUCAAUGCGAUUUGCUGCCAGGUCGGGAGUAAAACGUCCUAUGUGGAGACACUCAAGGCGGAGUUUCCAGCGGUUUUCUCGGACAAGUUGGGCAUCUGUACGAAGAUGAAGAUCAAGUUGGAGCUGAAGUCAGGCAAAUCUCCCGUGUUCCGGCCGAAACGCCCGGUCGCUUACGCGAUGCAGCGGGCUGUGGAUGAUGAACUAGACCGACUGGAGCAGGAACAGAUCAUCACGCCAGUAGACUUUGCGGAGUGGGCGGUUCCAAUCGUGGUGGUCCGCAAGUCAAGCGGGUCGAUUCGGAUAUGUGGUGACUAUUCAACGGGGUUAAAUGACUCGUUACAGCCUCAUCAGUACCCACUCCCGUUACCACAGGAUAUCUUUGCUAGUCUGGCUAACUCCACCGUUUUUAGCCAGAUCGAUUUGACUGAUUCAUUCCUGCAAAUGGAAAUGGAUGAAGGCUCAGCAGACCAUAUGAGAAACCUUCGUGCCGUGCUUGAUAGAAUCAAGGAAUAUGGAUUCAAAAUUCGUCUCAGCAAGUGCUCCUUUGGCAAAGAGCAAAUUCGUUACCUAGGCCAUUAG